AUGCAAGAUACCAAGAAUAAAAAUGAAUGGAUUAAGUGGAUUGAAGAAGCUAUUGACGAAGAACAUAUAAAAUAUUAUGAAUACAAGGAAUUUAAUAACUUUCAAGAAAUUGGUACCGGUGGUUUUGGAAAAGUGUACCGUGCAAAUUGGAAAAAUUUAGAGAAAUGUUUUGCAGUAAAGUCUUUUUUUAGUCUUGACAAUAUCGCCGUAAAAGAAAUUAUUCGUGAGUUAAAAAAUCAACGUGAAGUUGAUUAUCAUGAUAAUAUUAUUCGUUGCCAUGGAAUAACAAAAUUUGAGUCAACAGAAUAUCAUGUUAGUAAUAAUUAUAUGUUAGUAAUGGAAUAUGCUAAUAAUGGUAGUCUUCGAAGCUAUCUGGAAAAAAACUUUAGUAAACUUACAUGGGAUGAAAAAUACAUUAUGGCAUACCAGUUAGCUUGCGCUGUGUCAUGUUUACAUAAUGAAGGGAUUGUCCAUCGUGACCUGCAUUCUGGUAAUAUAUUAGUUCAUCAAAAUACGAUCAAAUUGGCGGAUUUUGGAUUAUCAAAAAGAAUUGGAGCGUCAUCAAAUAUUCAAUCCAAAAUAUUUGGAAUGGUACCUUAUGUUGAUCCAAAAAUUUUUAAUAGACGAAGAAAUAAUAAUAAUCAAACAUCCCAAAUUUACUCAUUAAAUGAAAAAAGCGAUGUUUACAGUGUUGGCGUACUGUUAUGGGAAAUAUCCAAUGGUCUACCUCCUUUUUAUGUUGAAGGUGAAGGAUAUGAUGUCGGUUUAGCUUUAGAGAUUUUACAAGGUCUUAGAGAAACAAUUGUUCCUGAUACACCCGAAAAUUAUGUAAAAAUUUAUACUAAGUGCUGGGAUGGUGAACCAGAUAAUCGUCCGAAUAUAUAUCAAGUAGUUGAUUGUUUAAAAGAAAUGAUUACAAAAACAGAUGCAAUUACAGAAAAUUUUCAAUUGUCAGGUGAACAAGAAAUCAAUGAUGCUUCAAAUACUAAUAAUUCAGAAUCACAAGGAGAUUUAUCUCAACUUAUUCAAGAUUUUAAUAAAAUGAAUACAAAAGAAAUUGAUUCUAUGGUAGUUUUAAGUAAACAAAAGAAUCUUACAACUGAAAAAGAUUUUAACAGAUUAAUUGAUGAAAUAAGUGAUUUUAUUUACAAAUUAUCAAACAAAGGAACUGCUUGGAAAUUAAUAAAAAGGCAAUUUAUCGAAUAUCUUAAUAGUAAUUAUAAUACUAAUUCAGAAGAAAUUUAUAAUUGGUUAUCAAAUAAUCAAAAUAGUCCAAAUUCAAUUUUUUUAUUUGGAUAUUUUAAUCGUUAUGGAAUUGCAACAAGUGAAGAUCAUAAAAAAUCUUUCAAUUUAUUUAUUAAUGCAUCAAAUCAAAAUCAUAUAUUAGCACAAUAUUUUGUUGGCCAUUGUUAUCUAUAUGGAACUGGAACUACAAAAAACGAAAAAUUAGUUUUUGAAUACUUUGAAAAAGUGGCUAAUAAAAAUUUUGCACGUGGACAAUUAGGUAUUGGUUAUUAUUGUUAUGAAUAUGGAAUAGGUAUUAGCAAAGACUUAAAAAGGCUAUUUAUUGCUGAAAGUAGUGUUGAAAAAGAUUAUAAUAAAGCUUUUGAAUUGUCUAAGAAAUCAGCUGAAGGAGGAGAUUUAGGUGGAAUAACUCUGUUAGGAUAUUGUUAUAAUUAUGGUAUUGGAACUAAAAUUGAUAAGCAAAGAGCAUUUGAAUUAUAUCAAAAUGCUGCAAAUCUAGGAGAAAUGGUAGCACAAUAUAAUCUUGGUACUAUAUAUGAACUUGGAGAGGGAAUUACAAUAAUAGAUAUAGACAAAGCAAUUCAUUGGUAUGAAAAAUCUGCCAAACAAGGAAAUAAAGAAGCAAAAGAUUGUAAACAUGAUGAUAAUGCUUUAAAAACGUUAGAUUAG